AUGCAACAGCCGUACGCACCGGUAGGUGAGAAUGCCUCAUAUUACGGGACUGCGCCUCUAGACCAGUAUAGAAACCCUAUCGGCCCUGCUGGUCCGCAAAACGAGAAAGGUCUUGGUUCGACUGUCGUCGGCGGUGCUGCUGGUGGCUAUGCCGGCCAUAAAGUAGGAGGAGGAUUCCUAGGAAGUACAGCUGGGGCAGUUCUGGGUGCAAUUGGCAUGAAUGCGGCAACACAUCAAGUGUAA